ACUCCAGUGAAAGGAAGGGACAUUGUGAUAGGGACUCACAGCGGCUGGUGGCAGGAAGGAGCCGAAGUUGGAUCUGAAGGCAGGAAAUUGGACUAGGUUCUAGGAAGAAAUAAGUUCAGGGCACGGAAGGAACAGGUUUAAUCCUUGUUGUCAUUGCAAUGAAAUAUUUACCAGCCCUGAGGUCACAAAGAUCUGUUUUCUUCUAAAUGUUCUGGCAGCAUCUUCUUAACAAGCAUGGAAGAGGAUUUGAUAAAAUGAUUGCUGACUGCUGACCUAUCCCUUGUACUCCAGCCAUGAGUUGUUUCCAGACUUCAGAGAGCCAGUCUUGGAUUUAUCCCACUGUGAUCCUCUGCCUGUUUGGGUUUUUCUCCAUGAUGAGACCCUCAGAACCCUUCCUUAUGCUGUAUUUAUCUGGACCAGAUAAAAACCUGACCAGUGCAGAGCUCACAAAUGAGAUCUUCCCCGUGUGGACCUACUCUUACCUGGCGCUACUGCUCCCAGUCUUUAUCCUCACCGAUUAUGUCCGCUACAAGCCAGUCAUCAUCCUCCAGGGGAUUAGCUUCAUCAUUUGCUGGCUGCUGCUCUUGUUUGGCCAAGGAGUCAGGACCAUGCAGGUGCUGGAAUUCUUCUAUGGGAUGGUCACCGCCACCGAGGUGGCCUACUACGCCUACAUUUACAGCGUGGUCAGCCCGGAGCACUACCAGAAGGUGAGCGGCUACUGCAGGAGUGUGACGCUGGUGGCCUACACGGCGUCCUCCGUGCUGGCCCAGCUCUUGGUAUCCCUGGCCGGCCUGUCCUACUUUUACCUCAACGUCAUAUCCUUGGCCUCUGUCUCUGUGGCCUUCCUCUUCUCACUUUUCCUACCCAUGCCUAAGAAGAGCAUGUUUUUUCAUGCAAAACCCAGUCAAGAAGUCCUUCCAAAGCCACCAGGAAUGGACGCUGUCACAGAGGAGCCUCAAAAGGAUCACAAACCAGUGGGAAAAGAAGUGUUCACUGAUUCAGGGGACCGAGAUGAUGGCCAGGUGACCAACUCAAAGCCAGGAAACGUAGCUCUGAGAGUUUUUGUGCAGUGGUUACAAGAUUUGAAGCAGUGUUACUCCUCAAAACAUCUUUUUUACUGGUCCCUAUGGUGGGCUUUUUCUACGGCAGGUUACAACCAGGUUUUGAACUAUGUUCAAGUCCUGUGGGAUUACAAAGCACCGUCCCAGAGUUCAAUAUAUAAUGGAGCAGUAGAAGCUAUUGCAACCUUUGGAGGGGCCCUGGCUGCCUUUGCAGUGGGUUACAUGAAAGUCAACUGGGAUCUUCUGGGAGAGUUGGCUCUGGCCGUCUUCUCAGUUGUCAAUGCAGGCUCUCUAUUUCUAAUGCAUUACACGACCAACAUAUGGGUGUGCUACGCUGGCUAUUUGAUAUUCAAGACUGUCUAUAUGCUCCUUAUCACCAUAGCAGUGUUUCAGAUCGCUGUUAAUCUGAGUGUGGAACGCUAUGCCCUGGUGUUUGGAAUCAACACCUUCAUUGCCCUGGUGAUUCAGACCAUUAUAACUGUAAUUGUAGUAGAUCAGGGAGGACUGAGGCUUCCAAUCAGCAUUCAGUUUUUAGUUUAUGGAAGUUACUUUGCAGCCAUUGCUGGCAUUUUCCUAAUGAGAAGCAUAUACAUUAUCUACUCAGCCGCAUGCCGAAAGAGAGUGCAGAACUCUGCUAUUACAGGUCUGGAUUCCAACGAACAUUUUCAAAACCAGGGAAGUUCAGCCUUGGACUAGAUAUCUCUGUGCCCAACUGACCUGGAUGCAGCUGACCAGGGCUAUCAUCUCAAUUCAACAACCCAUGUCGGAGAACUCCAAUGAAUAGCCAUGACUGGAAAAUUCUGGUUUUGAUCGCUUACAAGGAUACGCAUGUGGUAUGGAAACAAACCAUGAAAAAACCCCAGUCAUCCUUAAGUUGAUGUUCCCCAGCUGUGAACAGAAAUACUAACUGAAGUGACCUUGUUCCUUUCUUACAUAUUGGUUUUGUUUUACCAAAAUAGGCAACACAAUAGACAUUUUUUGUCACAUGAACCAUUGUCCUUCUUCCAUUAAAUAUAUUUCUUUAAAACAUACAGUUCCCUGAGAAAAUUGUAAGACUUGGUCCCAUUUGUAAGGACUCCUUUUCUCUCCUGAGAACACAGUAUUAUUCACAAGCUAUUAUUUCUUAAUAUCACCACUUAAUUUUUUCAUGAUGACUUCUCACUUUGUGCUCUGCUGAGCUUUGUUGUUGAAACUCUAUCUCAGGAGUAGCUUCAGACACUCCUUUGUGGCCACAGAGUGACAUUCAUGCCAAUUUCCAGUGGUCCCAGGAGAGGCAAUAAGCUGCUUCCUGUCAUGACUCCUGAAGACGGAAAUGGCAACCCACUCCAGUAUUCUUGCCUGGAGAAUCCCGUGGACAGAGGAGCCUGACAGGCUACAGUCCAUGAAGUCACAAAGAUUCAGACACAACUGAGUGACUAUCACUUAUCACUCACUAUCUUGACUCCAGAGAGGUGUUUUAAUAUCAUGUCAAUGUGAUAUCUGCCUAAAACAGAAAAACCUAAGUAGACAUUUUAGGGAUUUCUAGAAGUAUUUGUAAAUAAGAAAACCUAAUUUUUAGAUGGCAGAAAUUGUGCUAAAUAAAAUAGA